UUUUAAUAUCGUCUAUAUGCCGGCGUGUAUUCAAUAACAAUUCCAAACACAAAUUUGUGUGUGAACAAUCAACCGUUAAUGAAAUAAAAAUUUAUUUUAUAAAAAUUAUUUUAUUACUUUCAAAAUAAUUUUAAAAACGUUGUAAAAAGAAAGGUGAACACUUGCUGUUUUGAAACAUGGAAACUGAAUCUAGUUCGAGUAAUGAUGAUGAUAGAUAUGAUGACGAUGACUUGAGUACCAAUAGAGAAAUUGUUGAUGUAUCAACUAAAAAUGAGAAUAAUUCUGACGAUGAUUCUGAUAAUUCAGAAUUAAAUACUGAUGAAGAAAGCGAUGAAGUUGUAAAGGCAAUUAUUAAAUCAAAAGAAAAAUACAGUAAUCACCCACCUUCGUUAACAUUGGAAGAUUCAGUAAUGGAUGUUUGUUUUCAUCCAAACAAUGACUUGAUCGUUUUUGCAAUGGUUACAGGCGACAUUCUUCUUUACAAAUACAACAAUGAAGAAACAAAGCUUGUCUCAACAAUGGAGAUGCAUUUAAAAUCUUGCCGUGAUGUAGAAUUCAGUAACGAUGGCCAAACACUUUUUUCUGCUGCCAAAGACAAAUCAAUUAUGCUUUUGGAUGUCGAAAGCGAAAAACUCACAAGGCUAUAUGAGGAGGCUCAUGAAUUUCCAAUUUAUUCUCUUACAAUCGUAAAUGAAAACACAUUCGCCACAGGAGAUGAUGAAGGAGUUGUAAAACUUUGGGAUCUUAGACAACAGACGACCAAACCAGUUUUUUCCUUAAAAGAAAUGGAAGAAUAUGUUAGUGCAAUGUUAACAAAUAGCGAUGGAAAAUAUUUAGUUUGUUCAAGUGGAGACGGUUGCCUUACAACUUUAAACAUUCCUGCAAGAAAACUACAUGUCCAGUCAGAAGAAUAUGAUGAAGAAUUGACGUGUCUUGGUCUUUUUAAAUGCGAAACCAAAAUCUUAAGUGCUACAAGUAAAGGAAAACUGUACCUUUUUAACUGGAAUGAAUUCGGUCUCCAUUCGGAUGAAGUUCCAAGUUUAACAAAGAAGGCCAUUAAUUGUAUGAUUCCCUUAACAGAAAAUGUGGUCGUAACUGGAGGUGAAGAUGGACGUUUAAGAGCAACAAGUCUUUUUCCAAAUAGACACUUAGGAAUAGUAGGCCAACAUAAUUUCCCUGUAGAAAAACUUGACAUCAGCAACGACGGAACGUUAAUUGCUUCAUCGUCUUACGACAAUGAUGUGAAAUUUUGGAACGUUCAGUAUUUUGAAGAUUUAGACAUUUCUUUGAAAUUAAAAGGUGGAAAACAAAAACAAUUAAAACACAAUCUACCAAGUAGCAAAGUAACUAAUGCGUCUGACUUUUUUGCCGAUUUGUAAAUUACAACUCAUCACGAAUGUUGUCUGUUAUUUUAAUACAAAAAAUAUUUUAUACAAUAAAAACAUAUUUAGUUUAUUUAAAUAAUCACAUCUAGUAAAACAAAUGUUCAAAUUACAAUUUGUUAAUAAUAUUUUUUUGAAAAAAUUAGUAAAA